CGAAAACAAUUGAGAAUAUAUUUUCAAGGUAUUAAAAUAUAUUUUCACCAUUAAACAACUCUUCUUUAGUUAAUAUUGCGUAAUCCAUGAUGCACUACCUUCACUCCAUAUGAACGAAAAAGGUUCCUUUUAUAUAUUAAUGCUUCUAUAAUAUAUAUAUACCGGUACCAUUGAAAGAACAAAGCUCGAUAAAGCCAUUUAGAUGGCUCAAUUAGUUGGGUCCGAAGAGAUAGAGUCUCUAAGAAUUGAGCUUUCUGAGAUCGGAAGAAGUUUAAGAUCAUCAUUUCGUCGUCAUACAUCUAGUUUUCGUGCAAACUCAGAAAUAAGUUGUGCAAACGAUCAUGAAGAGACAGAUGAGAAUCUUCUAAAGUGGGCAGCAAUUGAUAGAUUGCCAACAUUUGAACGUUUGAGAUCAUCUUUGUUCGAUGAAGAAGAUGCAGAUGGGCAUGAUGGUAGAGGAAAGAAGGUGGUUGAUGUCACAAAGCUUCUUCCUCCAGAACGACACAUGUUUAUCGAGAAGCUCAUCAAACACAUUGAAAAUGACAACUUGCAGUUGUUACAGAAACUCAGAAAACGAACAGACAAAGUUGGUGUUCAAUUGCCCUCUGUGGAGGUGAGAUAUAAGAAUCUUCAUGUGGAAGCUGAGUGUGAAGUGGUUCAUGGGAAGCCACUACCAACUCUCUGGAAUUCCUUGCAAAGUAUGCUUUCUGAUUUUGUCAUCAUACCAGGUUUAAAGUCUAAACGAGCAAAGAUAACGAUCUUAAACGAUGUCACUGGUGUCAUUAAGCCUGGAAGGAUGACUCUGCUUCUUGGUCCUCCAGGAUGUGGGAAAACCACUUUCUUGAAAGCACUUUCAGGGAACCUAAACAAAUCUCUUAAGAUAACUGGUGAGAUUUCUUACAAUGGAUACAAACUAGAUGAAUUUGUAGCUCAGAAAACUUCUGCUUAUAUAAGCCAAAAUGAUUUGCAUAUCCCUGAGAUGACAGUGAGGGAAACACUUGAUUUCUCAGCCCGUUGUCAGGGUACUGGAAGUCGUGCAGAAAUUAUGAUGGAGGUUAAUAGGAGGGAGAAGGCAGGAGGGAUUAUUCCAGAUCCAUAUAUAGACACUUUUAUGAAGGCAAUUUCCAUUGAUGGACAAAAGACAACUCUUCAAACAAACUACAUCUUGAAGAUUCUUGGCCUUGAUAUAUGUGCUGAUACAAUGUUCGGAGAUGCCAUGAGGAGAGGAAUCUCUGGUGGUCAAAAGAAAAGGUUGACUACAGGGGAGAUGAUUGUGGGUCCCACAAAAGCUCUUUUUAUGGAUGAAAUAUCAAAUGGCUUAGACAGUUCCACUACGUAUCAGAUAAUCUCUUGUCUUCAGCAGUUAGCACAUAUCACAGAUGCGUCUGUAUUGAUUUCGCUUCUUCAGCCAUCACCAGAAGCAUUUGAUCUCUUUGAUGACGUCAUAUUAAUGGCAGAAGGGAUGAUUGUGUAUCAUGGACCUCGCAAUAACGUUCUAGAGUAUUUUGAGGGUUUUGGUUUUAAGUGCCCUGAGAGAAAAGGUGUAGCGGACUUCCUCCAAGAGGUUGUCUCAAGAAAAGAUCAAGCAAAGUUCUGGUGUCGAGAUGAACAACCAUAUAGUUAUAUCUCAGUAGAGAACUUAUCAACGAGAUUUAAGGAGUCUUAUUUGGCAAAAGAAGUAAAUGAAGAUAUUUCCAAACCCUUCACUAGAUCACAAAGCCAUGAGAAUGCCAUUUCUUUCGAUGUUUAUUCUCUUUCUAAAUGGGCUCUGUUUAGAGCUUGCAUGUCUAGGGAGAUUCUUCUCAUGAAAAGGAAUUCUUUUAUAUACAUCUUCAAAUUAGUCCAGCUUGUCAUAAUUGCAUUCAUCACAAUGACUGUAUUCUUUCGAACUAGAUUGAAGGUUGAUGUUCUUGAUGCGAAUUAUUACCUUGGAUCACUCUUUUAUGCACUCAUAAUCCUUUUAGUGGAUGGGUUCCCAGAAUUAUCGAUGACAGUUUCACGACUUUCAGUUUUCUAUAAGCAAAGAGAUAUGUACUUCUAUCCUGCUUGGGCUUAUGCAAUUCCUGCAUCUAUUCUUAAACUUCCAUUAUCAAUCUUGGAAGCCAUUGUUUGGACAAGUCUCACUUAUUAUGUUAUUGGAUAUAGUCCUGAACCAGGGAGGUUCUUUCGCCAGAUGUUGCUCUUAUUUGGGAUGCACUUCACGUCAAUAUCCAUGUUUCGAUUUUUUGCGUCGUUCUUUCAGACUGUGGUUGCUUCCACAACUGCUGGAAGUAUAUCGAUAUUGUUUUUGUUAUCAUUUGGUGGCUUCAUUAUACCACAGACUGCAAUGCCUUCUUGGUUAAAGUGGGGAUUUUGGGUUUCUCCACUUUCAUAUGGUGAAAUUGGACUUGCAGUGAAUGAAUUCCUUUCUCCAAGAUGGAACAAGAUAACGUCUACAAACACAACCAUAGGGCUACAAACGCUUCAAAGUCGUGGAUUAGACUUUGAUGGAUACUAUUUUUGGAUAUCACUUGGUGCCUUGUUUGGUUUCGCUUUGCUAUUCAACAUAGGCUUCAUCUUGUCUUUAAGCUACUUGAAGGCCCCUGGUACGCGUGCUAUAAUUUCAAAGGAAAAGUUUUUUGAAGUACAAAAAAGUAAAGGAUCUAAACACCACAAUCAUCGAGAUGAAACAACUAAAACUUCUAAUACUCAUGAGAUCACAGAGCUUCAUGAAGGAAAAAUGGUGUUACCUUUUGAACCACUAACAAUUACAUUUCAAGAUCUACAAUACUACGUCGAGCCUUCACCUGAAAUGAGAGAGCAUGGCUUCACUGGAAAGCGACUUCAAUUACUUCACGACAUCACAGGAGCUUUUAGACCUGGUGUUCUUACAGCAUUAAUGGGUGUAAGUGGUGCUGGAAAAACGACACUUCUUGAUGUUCUUGCUGGAAGGAAAACCAGUGGAACUGUUGAAGGAGAGAUUAAGAUUGGAGGUUAUCCUAAAGUCCAAGAGACUUUUGCUAGGAUUUCAGGUUAUUGUGAGCAAACUGAUAUACACUCUCCACAAAUUACAGUUGAAGAAUCUGUGAUAUUUUCUGCUUGGCUUCGUCUUCAUCCAGAAAUAGAUUCAAAAACUAAAUACAAAUUCAUAGAAGAAAUCCUGGAAACAGUUGAGCUUUAUGCAAUAAAAGAUGCGUUGGUUGGGGUUCCUGGUGUUAGUGGUCUAUCAACAGAGCAACGUAAGAGGCUAACAAUUGCGGUAGAAGUUGUAGCUAAUCCCUCCAUUAUUUUCAUGGAUGAACCUACUACUGGACUUGAUGCUCGAUCAGCUGCCAUUGUCAUGCGAGCUGUGAAGAAUAUUGUUGAUACAGGAAGAACAAUUGUAUGUACUAUUCACCAACCCAGCAUUGACAUAUUCGAGGCCUUUGAUGAGUUAAUCCUCUUGAAGAAUGGUGGGCGUAUGAUAUAUUGUGGGCCACUGGGUCGUCAUUCAAGUAGUGUCAUUAAAUACUUUGAGAGCAUUUCUUCCGUGCCCAAGAUUAAAGACAACUAUAAUCCAGCAACUUGGAUGUUAGAGGUAACUUCAGCAUCAGUGGAAGCUGAACUUGGAAUUGAUUUUGCUCAAAUAUUUUCUACUUCGGCGUUAUACAAGAGCAAUAGAGACCUUGUAAACACAUUAGGUAAACCCCCUUCUAGUUCAAAAGAGUUGUAUUUUCCAACACGCUUCCCACAGAAUGGUUGGGGUCAGUUCAAGGCAUGUUUAUGGAAACAACACUUGUCAUAUUGGAGAAGUCCAUCAUACAACUUGAUGCGUUCUCUACAUAUGCUUUUUGCUUCAUUUAUUUUUGGGUUACUCUUCUGGGGCCAAGGGAGGAAAAUACAUAACCAACAGAGUUUAUUCAAUGUCCUUGGUUCGAUGUUUUCUGCUGUACUUUUCUGUGGCAUAAACAACUCCUCUUCAGUUCUACCAUAUAUUUCCAUGGAGCGAACUGUUCUGUAUCGUGAAAGGUUUUCUGGAAUGUAUGCAUCAUGGGCUUAUGCUCUUGCACAGGUGACAAUCGAGUUUCCCUAUCUCUUUGCCCAAUCACUUGCAUUUGUAUGCAUCACGUAUCCUAUGAUUGGAUAUUAUUGGUCAGCCUAUAAGAUUUUCAUGUACUUCUAUGCCUUUUUGUGCACAUUGAUGUACUUCACCUAUUUGGGAAUGCUACUUGUAGCAAUGACACCAAGCUUUCCUGUAGCUGCAAUUCUACAGUCUGCAUUCUACACGAUAUUUAACUUGUUUGGUGGAUUUUUAAUUCCUAGACCGAAAAUUCCUAAUUGGUGGAUCUGGCUGUAUUAUUUGACUCCUACCUCAUGGUCGCUUAAUGCAAUGCUUACUUCUCAGUUUGGUGAUGUGAAGAAGGAGAUUCUAGUUUUUGGAGAAACUAAAUCUGUGGAAGACUUCUUAAGAGAUUACUUUGGUUUUCAUCAUGAUCAGUUACCACUGGCAGGGGUUCUUCUUGCACUAUAUCCCAUCAUUCUUGCUUCUCUAUUUGCAUAUUGUAUAUCAAAAUUGAACUUCCAGAGAAGGUAAAUUUUGUAGGAAAACAUAUGCAUGUCCAUUUAAAGUUAGUGACUAUGUGAAUCUAGAUUGUAACAAAGUGAGUAAAGUUCACAAUUCCUUAAUUAAGGUGGAUUUCGUCUUCUAUAGUAGUUGUAUAGUAAACGAUCAUGGAUGUUCAUACCUAUAGCAGAAUAUAUACUCGAUGUCAAAAUGCAAUUUUAGUUUUUGUUGUUGUAUUAUACUCGCUCUGCUUCAUUCCAAAGUUAUUAAUAUCAUAUGGUUUUGAU